CGGGUGUGUAGCGCAACUGUCUGAGAGCGAGAAAAAAAAACAUUAGGAUCUGCUUAGUUAGGGGAGGCGUAAAGCUGAGAGUAGAGCCCCUCAGAAAUAAAACUUUCAAUAUAUUUUUUCAGCGGAGACAAUUAUAACUCGCUUAUAAUUCACCAGCAAAAUGUUCCUCUUCCCUUUGGUGCUUGGAGUGCUGUUUCUACCGGAAGCCAACAACCUGAAGUGUCAUGAAUGUUUACCGGCUCCCUCUGGAAUUUGCACCGAGAAAACAGCUGAGUGUCCCUCACAGGAUUAUCGUUGUUUAGCAGCAACAGAAGUCGCCAUUAAAGAUGGCAUAGUGGUUUCUGCUCUCAACAUCAAACGUUGCAUCAUGCCUGAUCGAUGUGUCGAAAACUCCGUCAACUACGGAACUUACAGAGUGGUGAAAAAUAGCGCCUGCUGCAACGAAGACCUCUGCAACGCUCAAAUACCUGAGUACAAGUCCGCUCCAAAUGGAAAAAUGUGCUUCACGUGUGAGGGAGAAAACUGCAUGAAAACUCUUAACUGUGUAGGGAAUGAAAACUACUGCGUCAAAGCAACACAAGGAAAAAAUGUUACUCUGAAGGGAUGUGCCUCCAAGUUGAUCUGCUCAGAUCAGCGAGCUUCACGGGUGAAUCAGUUCAGCGCAGAACAGAUUAGCUGCUGCCAGGGCGACUACUGCAACAGCGCCAGUAGAGCCUUUACCUACCUGCUGCUCCUGUUGGUGCCACUGUUGUUUCCUGCCUUAUUGUCUUAGCUCAUACUGCAUUGCUGCCAUGUUUUCUUUUUAAUCACAAUUAAUUUUAUAAAUCUGUUCUUUUUAUUUGAUUCUAUAAAAAUGUGGUUAGCUAAGCAACACUUUGUAAUUAACAACAUCCUCUAUAUACUUUGUUGUUGAAUACAAAAGAAAAUAUUCCUCAAUAAGCACAAAAAAAUGAGCUUAUUGAGCACCUGCAAAACUUGCAAAAAAAAGUUAUCAUUAGUAAAUGUGUUCAAGACUCAGAAUUUACCAGAAUAAAUCCAACAUAUCCAUGCAGAUAUUAUUGUUUUCUACAUGAGCUGUCUGAUGCAGACUUUAGUUUUGUUUUCUUUAAUGACGAGGUUAAGAGCUUUUAAAACUAAAAAUGUGCUUCAGAUUUUAUUGGAAAUCCAUUAUUUUUUUCAUUAAUAACCAGAAAUAAACACAAGAGUUACAAUCUAGUCAGACAACAGACAUUUAUUUUCUAGUUAUGACAGUGGAUAUUAUUAAAUGAUUAUAACAAACAGCCGGUUUAGUUAUUUAGAAAAACGAUAUACUAACUGUUUAAUUUACAAAAUAACUUUAAUCUCCAAAUAAUCCAAAACUGGUUGAAAAAUGCCUCAUCUUCAUCCAAGAUUAAUAUGUUUGUGGUACAAUUAUAAAUUUGAAACUUUCAUUUAAUGUCUGUUAAGUAUGAAGAAUAAAAUGAAUGAUAAAAUCACUACUCUA